AUGCAGUUCACCUCGAGCCUCGUCUCUCUCCUCCUCGCUGCCGUUACCACCGGCGUUCAGGCUAUCCCUGGCUCGCCCGUUGAGCAGCGUCAGGAAGCUCCCAGGAUCUACGCCAAAUUCUGGAACGAUACAGCUUGUGGCGCAGACGGCGGUGCCUGGGUCGAGGAUACUGUGUGGCUUCAGGAACCCUUGGAUGGAAGCUGCAUCGAUGUUGAAGUCUGGACCACUUUCGCCAGUACUGAGAUAGUGUUCAACUCUGCAACCCACGACCUCCGUGCAUACUCUCUCGACAAGUGCGAUGAGAGCGGUAACCACUAUGACGUUCCUGCCGGUAAGACUGGCUGCUGGGCUCAGUUCGUUGAUUCCGUCAAGUAUCUGUGA